AUGUACAGAAACACAGUUAAAAUUUACAGCGGUAAGAAAAUAUUUAGUGCAAACAUGCUUACAUUUAGUGAAAAGGGACUACACGUAUUUUCAAUUUCAAAUAAUAUAUUUCUAAAUUGGCUGUAAAUGCUAUAUGCCAUUAAUAAAAUUUGCGUGAUAUUUAAUAUAUUUAUUCAAAUGUUUCUGCAAAUGACUUACUGUAUCGUAAUUUUUAAAGCUGAAACUCAAUAUUAAUAUAUACUAUAUAAUAUAUUUUUGAUUUUUAUACAUAUUUUCAGAUUUGUUUCAAACUUUACCUUUCGCAAUUAAUUGUAUCUCUCUCUCUCUCUCUCCCAUGAAAACUUUCUCUCAAGUUGGAUGAAUGAUAUAUAUAGAGGGAUGAAUGACGACGUAGGCUUGCAGAGAGAUUCUCUCGAAUGACACAUCGACGGCCACGAAAAUGCAGCGUGGUCGUUGCGUCACGCCAACUUUUCAUUCCACGAAAAAAACGUGCAAGCCCCAGGAAACACGAACGCGCGAAUUCGUUUCACCGAUCAAUCGAUUCCCCGAAAUCGAGCCAGCGUCCAACUCUCCGAAGGGUAGUCACUCGUACUUCUGAGGUCGCGUGCGUAAACGUUUAGCAAUUAGCAGUUAGUAGUCGAUAGUUGCAAAUUGCAGUUUUGUCUGCCGUUUCUUUCCGUCAAGUGUUUCGGAAUUAAAAAAAAAUAUAUCGAUUAUUUCGCGACCGAAUAUCUUGCAUCAUAGAAGGGAGCGUCGAGCAUUCAUCGUUUAAAGGUGACUUUUGACCUCGCAAGCGAUUAUUACAAUCUCUUGGCCGACUGUCUCUCGAUUUCCUCGUCCAACGUUGUUCCAUUUAACGGUUCUUCCGGUGAUAAGGAAUCACGCACUAGGCGCCUCUGUCACACGCUCGCAUGUGCCACGUAUAAAUUCAGUGCUUACCGAUCUAAGAAUUCGCAUCACUCUUGAGGCCGCAAUCAUUUAGAACACGCAUCUAGUGAAUCUAGUGAAUACGUGUAGUUAUAGCAUUAAUAUUGCACAUCAAAAGGGAAUUCUGUGUGCCACCAAACGAUAUCUCAGAGUACAAUCUGUGAUCUCUGAAAAUAUGAUACGUCUGUAUCACUGUUCUUUUUAAACUGUUGUAUAAUACUUACAUAUCUUGUUAUAAUGAUGUAGUUUUUAGCAUGUUUGUGUACGUUCUUUUUUUUUUUACAUUAGGUUUAGAAAUAAAUGAAGACCAUAGAUAAAAAAGCAUGAGAAGUCAUUCGGUUCCUAUGUUUUACAAAACAGUAAUUUUGAAAUUCAAUAUGUUAUCAAUCAAUCUCACAGAAAAAAACUGUUUUUCCAUUUGAUUUUGUAAUCAAAUCGUCAUUGAUUUUGUCAGCAUCUGAAAAAUUUAAGAAAUAUUAAUAUUAUUAUAUGCAAAAGUAUAUAUCAAGAACAAUAUUAAUAAUAUUAUGAAUUCACAGAACAAUAAUAUUAUUUUACAAAACAUCAAAUUAUACUAGAAUAUUCUUUUCUUUCACUGUUUCAUCUGAUAUGUAGUCAGAGAACUUAAUCUGAUAUAAAACUUAAGAAAAAUGGAUUUAUCGUAUUCCCUCUGUGUAAUUUUCAAAUAUUAAUUAUUAAAUUUCAAAACUAUCGAAUUAUAUUUAUUCAUGAAAGUAUUUCAAUAUCUAUAAUAACCUUUUAUAGAUAAUAUGUUAUUCGAAAUAUUUUGAAAUGUCAUUAGCAUUGGAAUGAGUCACGAUUAUCCUGAUAAUUUUAAUAAAACAAGUUUAUCUAGAAAUAUACAUAGAACAUAUAAAAUAUUUAAUAUCUCAUCAACAUCACCAAUCACUUAUUUAAAUAAUCAAUUAUUCAUUAUUGUAUUAACAAGCAUUAUAUCAAGUAUUAUUUUAAUUCAAUGAAAUCAAUUUUCAAUGUUUUGUCAUGAUAUUUUAUAAAUAAGACAAAUUUCCAUUUUUUUAAUUAUAAAUAUUUAUGUAACGUUUAUAUAAAUUUAUAUUUAUUAUUUAUAUUAUAUAAAUUUAUAUAACGUUUAUAUAUUUAUAUAACAUCUGUAAUCUGUUUAGAAUAAAUAUCUUGUAACUUUUAUACACAUUUUUAUAUUUAUUUCAAAUGUUAUCUACACACUCAUAGUAGUCAAGCCUUGUUACUCAAAAUAUUUUACGUAAUCACAUCCAGUGUGCAUACAUGAAAAUUUCCUAAAGUAUCAAAAUACUUUAUCAAAAUCUCUCAUUUUGACAAAUCGUGUUGAUGAAAGACCGAUGAUGGACAAUGAACAGGAGACAAUGUCAAUAGGGCCAGCAAGGAUAGCAGUAGCAGUGGUUGCGAUGUCGAACUGGAUGUCGAGAGAAGAGCAACCAGACGACUGGCGGGGAGUAAAUCAGGAGCAAAAAGGAAUAGAAGAAAUUAAAUAUAGAAGCGGCGCAGGAGAGGACGAUAGCGACGAGGUGCUUCCUAGGGCGGAGGUACCCCGGUGGAUCGGGUUUGAACUCGUGGAUCAGGAGCCGGCUAUGGGAAAGCUGGCAACGAUUGGUCGACUCGUGACCCGUGACAACGAGGAACAAGAGGCAUCGGUGUGGUUGCUCGAGCGAAACGGCGCCAGUUCCGGUCGCGCUCUCGUCGCGGUCCCUAUUGGCGGGAUCGCAAUUUGCAGCGUGAUAGUGCCACAAGUUGGAUCGAAAGCACCGACCGGGGUUGCCGGCCGAGACACUGCUCCGAGUUGCUUCGAGAACAACGCUCGAACGAGAAGGGACGAUCGUCGAAGGAUAGCCGUAGUUGGAAUUCAAGAGGCGACCGACGAUUUAGAUUUCCGAUACUUCGUCGAGACGGCAAGCGGCGGCGGCGGCGACAACGACGAAGCCGGAAGAGAUAGCACGGUGGUUCGCCUCGAGGAUUCAUCGUUUGGUUCCUCUCCGAGUCAAGAAUCUAAAUGGUGGCUCGACGACAUCAUUCAGGAUAAGAGGAGAACUGAUAAUAUUGUUCGGGAGUAUUGUUCGAGGAUUUCCAACGAAUGGUGUCGAGUGUCGCGUGAGAAGUCGUUAGAUCGACGAACAAUAGUCGAAGGGAAGAGGUGUGAACGAUGUCGUCGACGUUGGCAUCGACGUCGCUGGCUGACCGGAAACAACGAAUCUUCCCGUCUGUUUGGAAUAACGACGACGAUCGUGGCGAUUGUGGUGGCUGUGGCAGCGGUGGCGCUUUGCGUGCCGGCCGCGUCGGCCGUGCCGAUGCUGCCGCGAGAGAAUCCACUCUCUCGAACCGGUCCUCGACACGACCUCGACCGCUCGACCGGUCUCGAGGACGUCUACGAGGACGCUUUCCGAGAAGAGGAUCGACCAACGACGAGGACCGUUCUCGACGAGACUGAGCUGGAUAUUAUCAGAAGGAGCAUCGUGCGAGGUCUUGGUCUCAAGAGGAUACCAGACCCUUCCAAGGCAAACGUCAGUCAAGCCGAAUACGAAAGAGCACACAGAGAGUACCUGAUGAGAUUGCAGUCGUCGCUCGACGAGCAAACUUUUGGAAGCAAGAAGAUGCUACACGUGUUUCCUGCUACAGCGUGUCCUGGAAACGAAUCGAGCCUGCUGGCAGCUGGAAUAAACGGAAAGGAAAAAUCUUCUCGUCAUUGGCUGUUCUUCCCCGUGGAAGUUCCUAAGAAGGAUCUGGAUCGAUCGUCGGUGGAUCACGCGACGCUACGAUUACUACUCCACGGGCCGACAACCGAUCACUAUACCGAACGUUCCGAGCUGGAGGUGUUGUUCUAUCUUCGGAUAUCGUCGUUUCGUCGUUCGAGGAAGUUGAUCGGUCGUAGGAAAAUUCAAUUGCACGACUCCGGAAAUCCAAGGUGGCUCGAACUCGACGCGACCCAAGCCGCUUUCUCGUGGAUCGAGACGCCGCUCGAGAAUCUGGGAGUCGAACUGGAAUUUAUGAUCGACAGCGAACCGGUACCGCGCACCUUCUCCUCGCCAGUUCUCAACGUAUUCACCACGAGGUAUUCGGCCAAUGGUAGAACGAAACGUUCCUCGCCCAAAGACGUGAUGUCCCUGCACAAAGGUCGUCGGACGAAAUGUAAAGGUGAGGGUAAGAAGUGUUGCAGGCACGAGCUUCACGUCAUGUUCAAAGACUUGAAAGGCUUUGAGUUCAUCGUUUAUCCGAAAACUUUCGACGCUGGAUAUUGUAAAGGACGGUGCCCGCCUAGAUACAAUCCAGCUCAUCAUCACGCCCUUCUGCAAAGUCUGUUGUGGAAGGAAGAUAGAAAGAAAGUGCCUAAGCCAUGUUGCGCGCCGAGUAAACUCGAUGAGUUAAUGAUCGUUUACUUCGACGAGAAUGAUACCACACAGUUGAAGAACUCGUACUGGAAGAACAUUCAAGUACUCGAAUGCGCUUGUUCCUAAGAAAAGAAAAGAAAAGAAAAA